AUGGGGCAUGUGUAUCCUCUCACCAAUUACACGUUUGGUACCAAGGAACCCCUGUAUGAGAAGGACAGCUCAGUAGCGGCUCGGUUCCAGCGCAUGAGGGAGGAGUUUGACAAGAUCGGCAUGAGGCGGACGGUGGAGGGGGUGCUGAUCGUGCACGAGCAUCGGCUGCCCCACGUCCUCUUACUGCAGCUGGGAACCACUUUUUUCAAGCUACCUGGUGGUGAGCUCAAUCCAGGGGAAGAUGAGGUAGAAGGGCUCAAACGCUUAAUGACAGAGAUACUGGGACGCCAAGAUGGUGUUCAGCAAGACUGGGUAAUCGAUGACUGCAUUGGUAACUGGUGGAGACCAAACUUUGAACCUCCACAGUACCCCUAUAUCCCAGCUCAUAUUACAAAACCAAAAGAGCACAAAAAACUUUUCUUGGUGCAACUUCAGGAAAAGGGUUCAACUUUAUUUACAACUGACUUCCCCUCCACCUGA